UUCAAAGAUGGCGGAUAAAAAGAUGGUAGAUUACAAGGGUUUAAAGGUGGUUGUUACUGGCGGUGGUGGCUAUUUUGGCUGUAAACUUGGUCGUGCAUUGAGAGAUAAGGGUGCUGAUGUUAUACUUUUUGACUUGAAAAAGCCUGAAAAAAUGGAAGACUUGACAUUUUACAAGGGAAGUGUGUGUGAGAAAAAUGACCUKGAAACAGUUUUCCAAGGAGCUACCUUUGUGUUUCACUCAGCGUCAUAUGGCAUGUCAGGACGGGAACAGUUAAACAAAGAUUUGAUUGAACAAGUUAAUAUACAGGGGACCAAAAAUAUUCUUGAAGCUUGUUAUACACACAGUGUUCCAUACCUUGUUUAUACCAGUACCUACAAUGUUGUAUUCGGUCAUGAUGAAAUCAUAAAUGGCAAUGAAUCSCUUCCAUAUUUACCAAUGGAUCAGCAUACAGAUCAUUAUUCAAGAACAAAGUCUAUAGCUGAGCAAGUUGUUCUGUCAUCCAACCAAUCACCUUUGAAAGAUGGCAAUGUUCUUAAAACCACUGCACUUCGUCCUAAUGGUAUUUAUGGUGAAGGUGAACAGCGUCAUCUUCCAAGAAUAGUGUCAUAUAUCGAAAGAGGCUUGUUUGCAUUUACAUAUGGUACUAAAGAUAACAAGGUCGACUUUGUACAUGUUGACAACCUUGUGCAUGCACAUGUUAUGGCAGGGCUUGCAUUGACAGGGCCAAAUCAUACUGCUGCAGGGCAGGCUUACUUUAUUUCAGAUGGAAGACCAGUUAACAACUUUGAAUUCUUUAGACCUUUGGUUGAAGGCCUGGGAUACAAAUUCCCAACAAUAAAUAUUCCAUUAAAAAUCGUCUAUUUCAUUGCGUUUAUAACAGAAAUCAUUCAUUCAGUUGUUGGAAAGUAUAUAUAUAAUUUUCAGCCAAUUUUAACAAGAACUGAGGUUCACAAAACUGGUGUGACACAUUACUUCUCUAUCAACAAAGCAAGGCAUGAGAUAGGAUAUUCUCCAAUUAAGUAUGAUCUACAGGGAGUGGUCAGCUAUUUUAAAGAGAGGGGACAUGAUAGAAAAGCACUAAAUAAACAUUCAAGUGUUUCUCCCAUAUUAGUGAAUGUUGCCAUAGCAAUCAUCUUUACUUUAGUUAUGCUGUCAUGGAUACGAAUAAGUAGUUAGUAAUAUUCUAAGAUUUUAAAUGAUCCAAGUUUACUUCAAAUAAUCARAUCUACAUAGUGCUAAUUGUUUAUUUGUUUCACAGAUUAUUGCACUAAAUGUGAAUAUAGCAAACUACAUCUAYAUCUACGUUUAUUAAUCGACAACGCUUUCACAUCAAUCAGCAAUGUAUUUAAUAUUUUUAAAUGGGGGUGGGGUUAGGGGAAGAAAGGAUCAUAAAUUAAUGGUAAAACAAAUCAAAUCUUCAUAGUACAUCAAAGGUCACAUUGUUUUUUUAAUUUUGGCUUUGAAAGGCUGUUUUAUCACCCUUCAAGUCAGCUAAAAUUUUGCUACUAAACACCACACAAGACAAUAAUUAAAAACAAAAUUUCAUAUUUUAUGGAUUGAAACAUAAACAUUUUAUUUAUGGUUCAGGAAUGAUAUUCAUGUUGAAUCAUGGAAAUGUUGACCAAAGACACAAAGGAUGACAAAUAUUAGUUAAUAUUUUUGAUUUAUUAUAUUAUUAGGUCUUGAAUAUUACAGUCUGAUGAAGUGAAAACACUUCCAAAGAUAGUCCUAAUUUAAACUACAACAACUUAGAAAACUCUGACCAGUUUUCUGAACAACUCUCGCAGAAAAUAAUCAAAUGACACAGCUAUUACCCAUGUGUUUGGUGCAUUCAUUGCCACAAAUGUUGUCAUUUAGCUUUAAUUCAGAUAAAUGCUUUGAAUAUUGAAUAAAGCUGGUCAAGAUU